AUGAUUAAGUACCUGCUCUUCAAGCCCUUGGGGCCUGAGGAUCUGCCAACCCUCAAGGAGCUCACCACCAGCGAAAUCUGCAAAGUCUGGGCUGGCGCAUCUAGGUACAUCCGGAGACAGCUCUUGCAGAAGAGGGCGGUGGAGAUCGGCGUUGGGACAUUUGCGCUCGUCCCAGCACAUGCCACGGUGGGAGAGGACAAAGCUUUGCCUGUUGAGAGACCCGUGUUCCGGCCGUGCAGGCUUCUGAAGAAAUUUUACAAGCUCAAGUGUGCAAAGACCAAAAUUCCUGACGAGACGCCGUUCGUUCAGCUGGACUUCGAGCAGAUUGCCUCCGAGAUCCACUUCCGCCGAGAAAUCGUUGAGCGGUGCAUACACGAGACCCUGCUUUUCUUCGCUGGGGCCCUCCGAGACAACAAGGAGGUGGAAUUCUCCUUCAAGGGCAUCGGCAUCCUUGCCGUGCGAAGAAAAGUGGUCAGCAUGACCUUCUUGGACGACUGCCUGCUGGAGCUGGAUGGCACGGGCAACAUGCUGGCAGCUCUUCUCGGGGACUCCAAGAUGAUGCGCACCGUGGCCUUCGCGGGCAAAAACGAUUUUAGUCGGCUCAGUCGAGACGAGGUCAUCACUCUGCCAAGGCUUGCAGUUGAGACCCCCCACCAGCCGUCGGCCCCUGCGAUUUCUCUGAAGCCCAGGAGAGAGCCGGCGCCUUGGGGCGGGGGUGCCCGCAGAGUGAGCGUGCUGGACCCGGUGUUCCUGGCUCAGCGGAGGGUUUCUCUAGCCAGGCAGCGGGCGAAGGAAGGCGAGCGGGCGACAGCCAAGGAAGCUGGCCAGGCCAGAGUCCUGCCAGUAAUCCGGGAGAAGUCCCAGGAGGAGCCGAAGCAGCCCAGACCUCCAGCUCAGCCGCGGUUGCAGCUCCCUGCGUGUGUUCCGCAGCCCUCGGGAACGGGAACGGGCUCGCUCCGCACCGAGAGGGCGGAAAAACGGCUCCGGCUGCUGAUGGCAUCCAAGCGCCGAGAGGUGGAAGCGGACGUGUGGCGCCAAUACCGUGCCAACAGAGCGGGGCGGAACACGGAGCGAGGCCAGAGCCCCUGCCGCCACGUGUUUGAGGAUCCCUGCCGCCCUCCCCACCUCCUGAGAAAGGCCUAUGCCGAGAAGCUGAAGGAGGGGCUGCAGGAGAAGGAGAGAUGCCAAGGCGCCGCAAGGCAGCGGGCGUCAGAGGGGCCGGCAGAGCUGCACCUCCCGGGGAGAGCGUGGGCAGCCAAGGGGGAGAAGACGAGGCUGUUGGAGCGCCGUGGGAAGGCCCAGGGACUGCCAGCCACGCCACGAAGCUGAGAGCAGCCCCGGAGAGUCCAGCGGCAGGGGCCUUGGCCCUC